CAUCCAUUGAUGACACAUACACACAUGCAUGCACACACACACACAAUCCUUAUGUGUAAAGUGAUUUUAAAUUGAAUAAGAUGUUUCAUAGCAAACUGAUAUUCUAAGUCCAUUUUGGGUCAUUUUGUCCAAAGGCAGUCACCGUAAGCAUGAGGACUGCAAGGAUUUUUCUCUUGGGGACAACAAAGUCUAGCAAAAGGUCCUUGCUGAAAACUUUGUUAAAGGAUCAGUUUCAGGAGUCUGGUGCCGAAGGUGAUGAAGGCGUUACACUGUGGCAAUGGCAUCCUUUCAAGAAUCAACAAAAUUGUGAUUUAGUGGAAAAAUAUAUGACAGAAGAUUUAAAAGACUCACAAAUAGAAAUUUGGGAACUCUCAGACAAUCAGGUAUUUCAGAAGGUCCACCCCAUCUAUUACACAUCAACUGCCCUCUAUGUAAUCACCUGUCAUUCACCAAAGCCCAACUGUAAAUCUGUGGUCAACUUUAUCAAUACGAUCCAAUGUAAGAAUCCUGGCAGCAGUAUAUUAAUUGUAAUGAUUGUAAGUGAUAUAAACGAGGAGGUGAAAGGGACUCGAACCUCCGUCCCUGACCAAUACUUCCAAUUCCUCUUGAACAGCAUAAUGGACAAUGAGAAAAACCAACUGGACAGUCUGCAAGAGGAGAUGGAACAAAUUAGGUCCCUUGAUGCAAAUGAAGAAGCCACAGAGAAGAUCAAGUUGUUAACCCAACUGCUACACACUCGGCCCAAGUUGCCAAAACAAGUCCACGUACUCAAUUUUUCAACAAAUCAGGGUUCUGACAUCAUACAGUCAGCUCUACUCCGUAACUGUAUUGACCAAAUGCGUGACGCCAAGUGGGAACAUCAAAAGGAGCUGGACAUUAUAAGGGACAAGAUUGUUGAGUUGAAGGAAUCACAAACCAUUUUAGCAACAUGGUCCUCUCUUCAAGAGUAUUUCUUCACUAAGAUACAAACUACAAACCAAAAACUCUUUGAAAAACUGAUGUCAUUCCUCCACAAAACGGGAGGUAUUCUUGACCUACAGAAAUGUGGAUGGAACCAACUCGACCUUGAUAACCAUUUUAUUUGUGUGAAUCCCCUUGUAUUCACAAAACUUCUAUGUCGAUUCCACAUUGCAGAAGAAACCCAAGAAUUUCGGUUAACGUCCAGUCACUUCUGGCCAGACAAACAAAACAAACCAAGUGUGGAGAGUUUGAUCGAAGUCUUAGAAACGGUUCAAGUCCGUGGAAUUAUUCCUGAAACGUUGUUCCCAGUUUUGUGGCAAGAGUUCCCGACUUUGGAUGAAAGUCAGGUGAAGCUUCUACUUCAGGUGUUUAUCAGCCUGGGUAUGUUGCUUCCGCUUCAUUCCAGUCUACAUUGUUCAUCUUUAACAACAUUAUCGCUACCCACAUAUCCAACACUUUCACCCAAGAAAUAUUAUUAUGCGUCGGUCAUUGAUUGCUUCAAUGACCUUCGACCUCAGCUCAACUGGACUCAAAAACCAUUCCCAGGAGAUUUACAGAUCAGCUGCUGGUUUCGUUUCAUCUUGGGUGAUCCGCCAGAGGGUCUGAUGCAGCGACUGUUGUGUUGCUGUCACCAAGCCAUACACAAACAGGCAACUUACCAACACUUAUGGAAACACGGAGUGUUGAUACGUGCUGGGGAUGUGAUGCUUUGUAUAGAAUACACAUCGGGGAACAUCAAACGCUUCCAUAUAACUGGUCGCAUCAACACAGACUUCCAAGGAAGCGAAGCCACAGCUAUCCAGAUGACCUGGCUUAAAAUGGCUCCUCUUAUACUGGCAGCCAUUUCCAUGCUCAGCUCCUUCCAUGGUUUGAUGUAUAGUACCUACCUGGUGCCAUUAGGUAAAUAUUUCUAUGAACCCAUUGAGACGGCCACCAAUUCCACUCACCAACACGUCUUCUCAACUGGAAGCUGUCUACAAGCAUGGACUCACAAAAAACCUUUGAUUAUUGAAAGAGAAAGAAUUCUAAAAGUUGAUCAUCUUUUGCCAUUUGAAGUACAAAAGCCUGUUGGUUCCAUCUCUGUUAUGAUGGAAUUCAUCCUCUCCAAGAAGGAAGAAAUCUGCUCACAGAGUGAAGAAAGUCCAUUGAUCGUUGAUAACUACUUAGCUGCAAGAUAUUCCACUCAGGUGGCAGUUCCAAAGACCAAAAAGAAAGCGACGCUCCAAAUAAAAUGGAAAUUAGACGAAGGAAAUAGAAGUUCCCAAAGAACAAACAACAACAUAGAGGGUGGAGGUUUGUCUGUAAAAGACAAUGGUAAGAAUUCUUGUACAGGUGUUGAUAGUUCAAAGGGAACAUUUCAGAACCUGAAUGAAACCCAAACUGGGGUUUUGAAUGAAAAUGAAAUUGAUGGAAGAAUAAUGAAUGGCCGAGUGAUGAGUGAGGAGAAUGAGAAUUCUAUAGCUGUGAGGAUUGCUUCUAGUUUUGUGGCGAGCAUAAUGGUAAUGGCUUUAGCACAACACCUUGUGGAGGAAUCUUCAGUAUCUGUGGGAAAUAUUGCUAAAAUCACAGCUACCACUGCAACCGCAGUUCAGGCUGGUGACAUCGAUGCAGCCGUGAAUGCAGUGUUUGAUGUUGUAAAUAAAGUUAACGACAUGCUUGAGGUAAGACAUUCUAGCCCCGACAAUGAGGCCCCCCGCAAAAGUAAGUUUUGUAUCCUAAUGUAAAAACACAGAAAAUAAAUGAACUCACAAACACAUUUGUUUUUAAUCUUUUCAUCGGAGGAGAACUUAGUGUCUAUGACCUGUAACAGGGAACUCUAAGACUGGUGGAGGAGAGGGAAGGGGGGUAGUAUCCU